AUGCCUCCGAAGAAGAAGCUCAGACGUUCUUCUCCAGAUUUAGGGGUGACUGCUCGGCGAAGCUCGAGAUCUAAUCGUGGUGUUGGAGGCCAUGCAGCGCAGCUGCAAAGAGUUGGAGAAACACUUGCUGCCCCAGCAAGGAGAAGACCAAAGGGUGACGAUCUUCAAAUCAGCAGCUCAGAAGAAAACCCUAUGGCUCCUUCGCAGCUUCAGCAAGGAAAGAGAAAUCCUCCUGCAAAACCUCGCAGCUCUCCAAAAACAAAUCAGAACGAACGCAGAAUAACGGGAAGCGACCAACAUCCUCAAACUCCUACUACCCGUCUGGAUAUACAUGUGGCUCGCUCUUCCGAAAGGUUCGGAUUCAAGGAACCCCAUUCCAAUGGUCGCGAGAAGUCCAAUGGUCGCGAGAAGUCCAAUGGCCGCGAGAAGUCCAGGGAGGGACAGCCUAUGCGGAAGGAAACACGGUCCGGUGGUCGCAAAACGGUUGGACAGAAUGUGGGUCAGCGAGACACAGGUCAUGAGAGGGAGUCUGCGGGACGUGAUAGUGGUCACGAACGUGAUGAGUCUGAUGUCGAUGUUGACCGCGAUGAUUAUUUUGACAGUUAUACGCAGAUGGAUAGAGGCGCCGACCAGGACACGCACCAGCGAACGAACGAUACGGGCAACACAAUGGAUCUGGACGACAAUAUUGAUCCGCUUUUUCCUGACAAUGAAGCUCAAGGAGAUGAUGAAGUAGAUUUAGAUGGCGAGCCCACAAAUAAGGAGCCGGCUUACGAUGUUCUCGAGCGUCAUCAUGCAAAGAAUGGGCAGCGCAAAGCUCCUUCACCAACCCAUUUGUCAAAGGGAAAGGGAAAGGAGCGCGCACAUACUCUCGACUGCCCAGAAUACCCUCCACAACACCCAUCCCAACAUGUUCAUUCUAGAUCUCCUCGCCCAUGCUCUCCUCAACACACCAGGCGCUCGAGGUCCCCUCGUCGAUAUCCAUCAUCUGGAGGAGCUACUGCUGUUCGAGCGGUUCGUAGACACUCACCUGCACUUCACUCACGUCGUUUCUCUCGUUCAAAGUCUCCACGCCAACAAUCAUCUCAGCAAGUCAGAUAUGAACGCACUUCAUCCUCACGCAUGCAGUCUCCUCUUCGGGGUCCAUCUCGGCCAACUACUUCCUCAAGUCGCAGUCACACAAAGCCCACCUCUCGUGGAUGCUCUCCAUCAUACACUCCAUCUGACCAUAUCCCGCCUGCGAGCCGUGAACACUCUUGUAGCUCACCCGAAGUUAGUCGCCGAUCUGGCAAUGGUAAACAAAAGGUGAAGACAAACCAGGAGAACCCCUCGAAGCUAGGAUUCUAUCCACCUACUUGGCAAGUAUUCCUGCAGACGGCGAAAUUAGAGAUGCGGUUGCAGGCCGUUCUAGCCCACCCAAUCCCAGAAUCCCAGAACGCCCUCAACCUUGCACGAGAAGUCUUGGAUACCGUGCUAUGGACAUACCACGAGAAGAAGAUUAAACUCGAGAGAGGUUACUUUCCGGAGUACGACUCACGGAUGUGCCGUCUGCUGUGCGAUGAUCUCUUCACGUUCCGCACAGAGCUCAAAAAGGUCGUCAUGUCUGUCGCAAAAAGGGUGUACGACAUCUUCCCACAGGGCUCGACAAUGCGAAAGGAGGAGGCCCAAAAGAAGGUCACCGCUGCUGCUAAUAAACUCCUCAAGAGCGGUGAUUACCUCCGGCUUCCUGACUCGUCUGGCGGAAAAUUUGAGAAUUUCUCGGCGCAGGCUCUCAAGGAUGCUUGUCUCGAAUUUUACUACAGCAACGGCAAGAAAGCGCUGAAGAACACGGAUGAAUUCCAACGAACAAUACCCAUCAACGCGAUGCUGCUUGUAGCAGCGGUGUUGAAGGGUGUUCUCUCCGGCUUUCGGGAGACCGGUACUGACAAGGUUCCUGAUCUUACCGCUGAACAGUGCAGGACCCACUUCGCCAAUCUACAGAAAUCGGUUGACAAACUGCUCGACAUUCCGGAGCGCCGCGAAGAGCUCGAAGACAUGUUGGAGCAAUGGGCUAGGAUAGGCAUGGGUGACUAUGACGAGUAUGCGGAUGGGAGUGUGGCGGACAGCGACGCGGAGGACGUCAACAUAAUUCUUUAG